AUGACCAGCGAUCCUGUGGACGACUUGCUCCACCUUCGUCAGCAUGCCCGCCUGACUCUUCUCCUCGAUUCGCUCGCACAACCCGCAACGGCGCUCUUAGGAACGCUUUGGCAGCAAGUUGCACGAUCUGAUACUCAGCGUGCGCUUCUGAUCUGUCUCGAGCAUGAGCCGUCGCUGUUUGGGCCUGUCGGCAAGCAUUGCGCUGUCAUUGAUGCCUUGUGCGGUUCGAAGUACAAUGCCAGGCAACAACCGUGUGAUGCUCUGGAAGCGCUUCUCUCUGCACUACAACAGCAGCUGCAGCACCCGCUGCUCGUGUUCAUAGACGGCAUCACCAACUUUACCUAUCAGUACGGCCAGAAGACGCUGUUCAAGCUUCUCAGAGCAAUCCUAGCAUCCGAUACGGCUACUCGUAUCGUACUCGUCCACCAUGUCGAUCUGCCGAGUCCAACAGAGCAGCGGACCGACAUCGUCGCGCUUUUGCAAAGCCCGAGCAUGUGCGCGAGCAUACUGAGAGUCGCACUACAUCCACUUGCGCUCUUGCAGCACUUACUCGAUGACCUUCAUCUCGCCCCUGAGUCCGAACAGGUCUAUGCUCUACUGCAGACCCAUCUCGCCCGAGGCUGGGGAUCUGGCUUCUCCUACGCAACCGAAGAACCCCAUGCGAGCGAGGAGAACAGCACAGCAGAUGGCUUGGGCGAGCGCAGACUGGCUCGCUGUAUCCUGAGCUACGAUGCUCGAGGGCUGUCAUCCGCUGAACGGGCUGGCAAAGUCAAGGAAGAGCGCGGUGUCGUUGCUCUAUUGCGCAAAAGCGAAGGCGACGCGGCUAGCUACCAGACUGCCGCGCUCUCAGAAGUCCUGAUCGCUCGCUCGCGUCGGGAGGUCAAGACAGCCAGCAUCGCAGCUGCUGACAAAGACGGCCUACCCGCCGACCUGACGUUCAGCCUCAGUCUGACGGACGCCCAGCGGCAAGCACGGGAUAGCGUACCGUUGCCCUUUGCUCGCGACUCGACCGAGCAAGGGAGGAUCAUCUACGAGCCAGACUCGGGCGAUGAUCUCGAUGAAGACGAGCCAGACGAAGGAAUGGAGAUCUGA